AUGCACGGCGCCACCAUUCUGGUGGAGGCGUGGCUCUACCAUAGGGGCGGGGACAAAGUUGGAGGGGCCUUUCUUGACGCGCUGAAGCCCUUCCAGCACCAGGUAGGUCGGCAACACACGGAUGUGCACGCACUCGGAACAUGCGUGUUUAUACGAUGGGUGGAGGUUAUCUCUGUCUGUGUGUGUCUGUGUGCGUCUGUGUGCAGAACCUCGACACAUCCCCCUGGACCGAGGGAGCCAACACGACCAUCGAGUGGAUCGCCUUCAAGCUCUGGGAAGACAUGGCAGUGAAGUUUCGCCCGGAACGCCUGGAAGACGGAGCUGCAGAAACUCCGUCAUCCUUCCCGGAAAACAAGAAACGCCUCAAGAUCAUCGUCCACGAGUCGGACAUCGCGUCAUGCUCAUUCGAAGGCCCCACCGACCCCGCCCCGCCCCCCGCACACCUCGGCCACUUCUCUGUCACCGUGAGGGACCGGUGCAUGAU